AUGGAUGCCGAUCUUAGUCAAGCAGAGCUCGCCACUGCGGGCGAUAUCUUUGACGUCAUCAUCAUUGGUGCCGGCAUAUCUGGUAUCAACACAGCAUAUUACCUCCAAGCCCACGGGCCUCCAGGGGCUUCAUACGCCAUUCUCGAAGGGCGUGGCGAAAUUGGCGGAACCUGGGAUCUCUUUCGUUACCCUGGAAUACGAUCAGACUCCGACAUCUAUACCUUUGGGUUCUCAUGGAACCCAUGGAAAGGCGACAACCCUCUAGCCAGCGGCCCAUCCAUCAUGUCUUACCUGCAUGAGUCGGUGUCGAAGUAUGGUAUCGACAAAAAUAUCAAGUUUCACCACCAAGUCAUCUCGGCAGACUGGCAGUCAUCAGAGUCGCUAUGGACAUUACAAACAACUGGGCACGGUGAAAAGAUCAACUGUUUCAAGGCCCGUUUCGUCGUCCUAGGUACCGGUUACUAUGAUUAUGAGCAACCGCUGGCUGCGGAGAUCCCUGGCAUCAAAAACUUUACAGGCCCAGUCGUUCAUCCACAGUUCUGGCCCGAAGAUCUUGAUUACCGGAACAAGCACGUGGUCAUUAUUGGAAGUGGAGCGACUGCGGUGACAUUGCUACCAAACAUGGCCACGGAGGCCAGUCGAACGACAAUGCUUCAGAGAAGCCCAACCUACAUUACGGGGCUGCCAACCCAGAAGAGCCUUCCCAGCAGGCUAAUGCUGUCUGUACUUCCGAGGAGUAUCUCGAGCCGAAUUCUGAGAGUUCAAUUCAUCUUGCUCGGUUACCUGCUUUAUUACUAUUGUCAGCUGUUCCCACAGUCAGCACGGAGAGCUUUGCUGGGACGCGCUGCCAAGGAGCUGCCCCCUUCAAUUCCUCUGGAUCCGAACUUCAGUCCCAAGUACAACCCCUGGCAGCAACGUCUUGCAGAUGUCGUAACCGACGUCAUUGACGUGGUGACCAAUAACGAAAUUGUGUUGAAGUCUGGAAGAAUUCUCAAGCCAGACAUCAUUAUCACCGCAACUGGGCUCAAAAUACGGUUCGCUGGCGCGAUCUCCCUUUCUGUCAACGGAAACCCCGUGGAUCCGAACCAGAAGUUCGGGUUCAAGGGCUGCAUGCUCCAAGACGUGCCCAACUUGGCAUAUGUGUUCGGAUAUGCCAAUGCAUCUUGGACUUUGGGUGCCGAAGCUACAAGUUCAUACCUGGUUCGUCUUUGGCGGAGCAUGAGAUCGAAUGGCAUCCACUCCGUUACACCGUAUACUGUGGAUGCGAACAACAUGAAGCCCAAGCCUGUCAUGAGUCUCACCUCAACAUAUGUCAGACAUGCAACCAAGGUGUUUCCCAAAGCUGGAGAUGGACUGUGGGCUGCAAGAAAAUUCUACAUGCUUGAUCUCUGGCGGGCUAUGUUUGGGAACAUCUUUGCCGGAUUGAAAGUCGCAUAG